UUCUAGAGUUCCUUCACUAACAACAGCUACAGGCAAUGAGACGAUGAACGACCUCGAAAAUGUCGACAUCAACCGUGGAAGCCACUUACCGACACAGAAUCAAGAAGGAGGCACAGAGCCUCCUUCAGGGUUUAUUUUGAAACUUUUUCAAAUGGUCAACGGUGCUCCUGACAAGGUCAUUUCGUGGACGCCGAACGGCGACGCAUUUAUCAUUGGAUCAGAUCUAAAUCGAUUAGAAUCGGAAACACUGCCGCAGUACUUCCGCCACAAUCGCUUUCAAUCUCUUGUGCGCCAGCUAAACUUUUAUUCUUUCCGGAAGAUCAACCGGGAGCGUAACGUCUGGAUCUACAAGCAUAGUCUUUUUCACAGGGAUCGUCCCGAAGAUUUGAAUAUGGUUCGACGUCGCACGUGCCCUGGUAUGGAUGGUCGAAAACAGCGCUUCUCACGCUUUUCGGUGGGAUCGCUGGGGCAGGCAGACGGCGAUGACAAUUCAGACAACGAAGAUUCUUCGCUGGAAGCAACAGUCGAUGCCUAUUCUUCCCCAGUGAUACCAAGCAAAAAACGGGACUUGAUAAGCGCCGACAAAACUUUGAAACCACCAUCAAGUAAGCGCUUUCGACAGUCGUCGAAUGCGGACAAAGAGACGAAGACAGAAAGCAAAGUUGUAGUGGACACUUCGAUGCUCGAAGAGGUCAUCAACGAAACGCAGCCACUCGUUGGAGACAAAGGUAGCUUCUCCCUCUUGACAAAUAGAGCACCAGUGAACGUGAAUAUCAACGUUGCGGAUGUGGCGUCAAAACUGGAAAAGUGUGCCCGGAAAGCAAUGAAAGAACGGGGCCUGGCGAGGUCACUACGAUCCGGAGUGGUGACGCCACCAUACGGAGCAUCCAAUGGCUUUCAAAAUUCCUCAACUGCACUCCUUACGUACGACGAUGAAUACGAGACAAACGGCGGGAUUCUUUUUGAAGUAGAUGCUCGCACCUCCCCGGCUACUAUUGGAACUAUUCCUGUCGAUGGAGAUGAAAGCGUUUUCAGCGACUAUGAGCGGUCCUCACGUUUUCGAAAGCCGCACACUGUAACUCCGCUGAAAAGAGGACCAAAGGGUAGACCACCGGUUUCAGAUGCUAGUGCUGUAGAGUCAAUACUGAAUCGCAUUAUGAAAAAUCAAACAGGGCAGACCCCGUCCCCUUUUAUCACUCCAGUUGCAGUCGCAGGCUUUUGCAUGUCCACCUCGCCACUCGGCGACAGACAGCUUUGCAGCAAGAUUCUUCAGCUAAUCGCUUCUUGCAGCGCACUCGCAUCAGAUUUUCAACUUUACCGUGCCGCGCUCCAUCCUACUAAUCCUAAAGAAGUGCCUUCGUAUAUGUUUUCCCCAAGUCCACGGGAAAGUCGUGCAAUUACUGUUCAGCAGAUCUGGCAACGUGAAGUUAGCCGAGGCGAUGCCGUCCGAGACUUCAAGACGUUCGCAGUCAAUUGUAUGCACCAAUUGCUUGGAAAAGGAAAUGUGGAGGCUCUCUGGUCGCGGGAAGAGACAGACAUGUUGGAACAUGCCGCGGGAGUGUGGCUGAAGAGCGCAGGAGUUACCAUCUGAUUUUGCUGAUACCAGGAUUUUGAUACUUGAGGCAGUCGGGCUUAGCAGGACCGCGGCGCUUUACCUGGCCUUUGUUUCUUGUCUAGCAUUUAGACAUGAAAAACUAAAGGCUUGCUUGCAGAGUUUAACGACACUCUAGGUAUAAUGAUG